AGAACAGAGAAGUCAACCAAGCCAGCCAUCUAUCAUCUACCAUUUUCACCACCAGCCAAGAAACCAAGAAGCAACACCCAUGGCCAAGAACCACCACCAAGUCUACCUCCUCUUCUUCCUCACGGCCGCCGCGGUCGCCGCCACCGUCUCCGCCGCCGCGGCCAACUUGACGGCGUACGAGAUGCUGGAGCGGUACAAGUUCCCGCGGGGCAUCCUCCCGCAGGGCGUGCAGCGGUACGUGCUCCGGCCCGACGGCUCCUUCGAGGUCUUCUUCUCGGGCAGCGGCUGCGAGUUCCGCGUCGGCGGCCGGUACCUGCUCCGGUACGAGCGGCGCAUCGCUGGGACGGCGCGCGCGGGGUCCAUCCGCGGCCUGCAGGGCGUCAGCGUGAAGGUGCUCUUCGUGUGGCUCGGCAUCAACGAGGUGGACCGCGCCGGCGACCAGCUCAACUUCCAUGUCGGCCCGCUCGCCGCGUCGUUCCCGCUCCGCAAGUUCGCCGUGAGCCCGCGCUGCCGUUGCGGCUUCGACUGCGCCACCGCAGGAGAUGCCGCCGUUGCGGCGUCCUGACCCCGUGAUGCCUCCUCAUCGUGUCCUCUUCUUUGGCUUGCAUCGCGUCGCCGCCACCGCUGCGUGUCGAUCACUGUAAUCGCUGCUGGUGCAUUCGUGGAUGUAUCGUGCCAUUGGAUUGUUUCUUGGAUGAUGUACGAAACACGAGGACAGUCACAGAGACGUGAUCGGUUCUUGGCAUUCGAACAAAUAAGAUUCGAGUUUGACGCGAUGGAUGAGUUGACUUCUCCAACUGAUCUUCAGCGUUGCAAACUGGCUUCUUGAUGUUGUCUGAUGAUGAUUGUUCCUCGCGAUUUCUUCCUUGAGUGAUUUGCAUUAUUAUUCUUUAA